UCCUCUCCCCCUCCUCGCCUCUCCCCUGCUCUGUCCCCCUCCUCGCCUCUCCUCUGCGCUCUCUCCCUCACUCACUGUAUCUGUAUUAUUCUGUUAGGUUUGUGAAGCAGACUGACACUGUGAAGAUGGCACACAGGUUAAACUUGAUCAUUCUUAUUUUUUUGGGAACAAACAUUUUACAACCUGAAGUGCAGCAUAUAAUCCAGGCUGAGCUGCUUGCACAGAGAUGUUGUGCCCAGGAGGCGGAGUCUUGUCCUGAGAGGGCUGGGCCUUCAGAAAGGGGGCGUGGCUGCCUGAAGGCCUGUCUCCAGGACCAGGACUGUCCAAUCAGGAGGAAGUGUCUCUGUGAUGGAGAGUGUGGGUGGAGCUGUGUGUCACCAGCUCGCUCCUGCCCUUGGCCCCUCUCCUCCCCUCACUCUGUCUCUCUCCUCCUCUCCCCCUCUCCUUCUUUCUCUGCUCUCAUUGAGGUGAGCUGUCAGGAAGGAUUCAUGAUGGCUGACGGGCGCCAGGUUGUGAUUCGCCGUUGCCAAGGGGACCGACACUGGAGUGGGGAGGAGCCUUUCUGUGUUUCUGUGUCUGAACCGACAGAGACCCCUCUCACUUGCCCCGCCCCGGGGCAGAUAGAGAACGGUUUCAACAGCGGGGGCAGAUUCACAGUUGGAGCAACUAUUAACUACACCUGCAACCCGGGUUUUGAGCUGCUUGGCGUCUCUGAGAAUUACUGCCAAGAAAACCAAACAUGGAAACAUCCAGAGCCAACAUGCAGACUGGUGCUCUGCUCCCCCCCUCUCGAGCUCUCCCAUGGUUACCUGGUUGCUGUUCAGAGGAAGCAGUAUGAGGCCGGUGAGGUCAUCUACUACCUCUGCAGGAAGGGCUUCCUAUUGGACGGCUCCAACCGAGUUGUGUGCCAAUCAAACGGCACCUGGAGCCCAACCCCCUUCUGCCGAGCCCGCUGUGCAAUCCCGGCUCAGCGCAGCAGGGUCUUGUAUAACGGGAAGAAGCUCUGGCCCUACGAGGUGCAGGGGGGGCAGGUACAACACGGGGAGGGCGUGUCCUUCUACUGCCGGGACGAGGCGAGGCGCUGCAGCUACACCAUCCAAUCAGAAUGCUUCGACGGGACCCUGCCACUCCCACCCUGCUAUGACGAGCCCACCUGGCUGCAGUACAAGCUGUUCACAAACAGAGUGGUGUCUGAAAUCAAACACUGUGAUGAGGGAAACCAGUGAGAGGGGAGAGGGGGAGAGAGAGGGGGUCACACAUACAUACACAUUAUUUUAGUAAGCUCAACCCCAAGUGCUGUGGAGGGAGAGGAGGGAGGCGAGAGAGAGAGGGAGAGGUCAGAGAGGAAGGUCAGAUGCAAAUAAUUGCAAUAAGCAAGCUGUACCCCACAAGCGCAGUGUUACCCCGACAUGCUCUGGGAGGAUGGGCUCUUUUCAUUUUAUCUCAAAAUUGAGUUUCUCUGUUGGACUGCAGAGAGCUGUCUCACACUGAAUGGAAUAUAUUAAGACAAACACCAAAAAUGUCCAUGUAUAAUCACUUCAAUAAAAUAAGAACUCAAACAUCA